AUGGCCGAGAAUAUCGAAACGUACGAUCCCCCAGAGGACUACAACAUGAUGUCCGAUCUUGGGGAAAUCGAUGAAAUAUUAAAAAGUGAUCUUUUCGAAGACGGCGGCAUCCUAUCCCAGCUAGGCGAACUGCAAAUGGACCUGGACCUGGACAACAUCCAAAACGACACAUUUUUAAACCCCCAAACCUUAUCUCCAAACGAUAGCGCUUACCACAGCGAUUCUCCUUACAUUGCGACUCCAGCUUUGUCACCCCCUUACCAAACCGUACCCCCUUACCAAGUGGUGGUACCGCAAACUCAAAUUAAAAGUCCUGUACUGAUAUCCAGCGCAGGGACGGUGCCUUCCACUACUUCUCAUGUGGUUUACAGUACUUUGCCUUUGCAAAAUCAGCAUAUUAUAGUGCAGCAACAGAGUUUGAGUAAGAAGAAAGGCUCUAAACAAGCUAAAAAUCCUGUUAUUGUUCAGAAUAUUGGACAGUUGACUGCUGAGCAAGUAUCACCGGUUGUACUACAGGCAAAGCUGAUCACAGCAGAAAAUGCAACACCCACCUCUACAGUUAUGUACACCACAGCGAAUCCGACCACAUCUUUGCACACUCUACUGACUGCUCCACAAAUUUUAACCACUUCAGGGAUUCCCUUGAUGCUCGAUACAGAAAACAAGGUGGCUAUAAACCGAAUACAUGGCAGGGAACCCAAAGUGAAAGAAGUGAAACGGAGCGCCCACAACGCCAUAGAAAGAAAAUACAGAACCAGCAUUAACGACAAAAUAGUUGAGCUGAAAAAUAUUGUUGUUGGGAAUGAGGCAAAACUAAACAAAUCCGCAAUACUGCGCAAAACAAUCGAUUAUAUCAGAUUUUUACAAAACUCAAAUUCGCGUCUCAAAGAGGAAAACAUGGCACUGAAAAUGUCUGCUACUCAAAACACCCUCAAGAAUCUCCUCACUAAUAGUAUUAAAUACGGACCAGAAGAUACUCCACCGCAUUCUGAUGUUUCAUCUGAACAUUCUUUGCCUUCUAGUCCAGAAUAUGCUGCCAUAACUAAGGAUGAAAGUGAUGAUGAGAGUGUUCCAUUGUCAAGAGGAAUGCUGGACCAUUCCAGACUAACACUCUGCAUGUUUAUGUUGGCUAUGGUUGCUUUCAAUCCAUUUGGUUUUGCUUUAAGUAAAAUUUCAACAGGCGAUAGUAAUAGUGUAUCUGGAGGCAGAACUAUUCUUGGCUGGAGUGAACAGCAAACUGUCUCAUUUUCUCCCUCAUCUCUUAUGUUGUGGUUCUUGAACAUUUUCAUUCUUGGUUUUUGUCUUUUGAAAAUGUUUGUUUACGGGGACCCAAUUAUUGCACCAAAAUCUAAACAGGCUCAAAAAUAUUGGAUUCAUCGCAAACAAGCUGAUAUUUAUUUGUUGGAGGGUGAUAAAGCUGGUGCUAAACAAGAAUUACUGAGAGCAUUGCAAGCUUAUGGUAUUACUUUGCCUACAAGUCGUGUGGAAUUGUUUUUGUGCUUUUUGUGGCAAGUUUUUAGACAGCUCAUGCAUCGAUUAUGGAUUGGACGAUAUUUGUCUAGACAGGCUGGAGGACUUUUUGUUGAUGACAUCACUAGGUUUGAAUGUAAAUCCUCCUGCAAAGAACUGGCAUUGGUUUUUAAUGAUCUUCAUAAGGUGCAGCUGAUGCAAGGGCCAGAAGAAGCCUGUCACCUUUUUGGUCUGACGACUUCUUUAAACGCUGUAAAUUUAGGUGAAGCUGCCAAAGGCCGCAUAAAACCUGUAGACAUGAUUGAUAUUUAUAUUGGAGUGGCGUUAAGGAUCAAGGCUAGCUUACCAGGAUUUUUGCACAUUAUUUCAAGGUAUUAUUUGGGAUUAGCCAAACUUGCUUCGAUCAAUUCUUGUGAUCCAAUUCCAAUGAGAUUGAAAUGGUUAUUCACGCCUCACGGAUACAAAUUUAUUUUGUCUUUCAAAUUCACUGAGCAACAAUACAGACCGAAGAAUUUGCCUUUUACUAAGUUGGGCAACAAUGUGGAUCCACUAAUACAAUUAAUGAAGAUUUACCAUGAGCAUCUUUUAGAAAAAGCCUUAUCGAUUUUGGUAGCUCCUGGCCAGAAAAGUGAAUUGAACCAUGAUAAGAAAACAGAUUUGAAUGAUGCAUUGACUUAUUUAGAGCUUCUCAAUGACAAUACCAGCAUUGAUGCAGUGACUGUAUUUAAAACUGGAGAAACAUCUUACAAAGAUCAUGUAGCUGAAUGGUGGGGUACCUUCGUAGCUAUUGCCUGUUAUUGGUUGUUGCAAGAGGAAGACAAAGCCGAAAAACUGUACAAAAAGCUUGAAAAUGUACCAGAAGCUCUCACUUCGUUAAACGACCCCUUGCCAAAAGCUAUAAUAGCUGCCUACAUCGCGAGAAGGGAUUAUUUGACUAUGAACUUGAAUAUUUCUCCCAAGCAGGUCUACAGGCAUUGCGAGUACGCCAGUCAGUUGUUGUCGGACAGUUUGACUUACACCAGUUGCAAAAAGGAAGAGAAUUUGAGUUUGUUGUCACAAAUGGUUGUAUGUGAUUGGCUACUCGAAACUAGAACCUCUUUAUGGGAAGAUAGUGUUGAUGGAGGUGCGAAACCUCCAGCUCCGAGCAGUUGCUUGACCGCUUUCAAUAAGGAUUUGGUGUCGCUUAGGUCUUUAGCGGAACAUUUGCCAUUUGCCCUGUCAAGAGUGUUUUUGUACGAAGCCACCUUGAGAUUAAUUGCUGGAGCCGCUCCUGGUAGAACUCAGCAACUUUUGGAUAGAAGUUUGAGGCACAGGCAAGGGAGAACAUCUAUUAUUUGUAAAAAAGGAGACAAGAAUAACCACGAAAUGGGCAACGACAGACAGCACGCUGCUGCCCUCUAUAUGGCCUGCAAACACCUUCCAGGUCAAUUAUUAUCGUCCCCUGGUGAAAGAGCUGGAAUGUUGGUAGAAGCAGCUAAAACUCUAGAAAGGAUCGGCGAUCAGAAACAGUUACAAGACUGUUACAAGUUGAUGAGAACUCUUGGAACAAACGCGGUAAUAACUAAUUAA